AUGGCCAUAUCGACGUCCUUGUCGCAUAGCAAAGACCUUUAUCAACUUGAUUCAAAAUUGUACAAACCACGCUUGCCUCGAACGACUGAGAUUAUGCCGAAUUUCCCCCCGAAUGAUAUUGCAUCGUCGUACCGAGGCACUAAUGCCUCAAUUGGUAUUGUGUCGGAGGACAGGCCAGGACCAGCAGGAGCACUCGACAAGAGUUCAGCUGCCGAUGCACCAGCCGUCAAUAUGUACCGGUCCACCGCGAUCAUGCCAUCCAGAACACCUAGCAUGUCAGGCUCCCUAGCUUCGCCAUCACCACCACCCCCCGCACCCACCCCGGCGCCUGUGCCAUCACAUGUUCCUGAUAUUCCUGAUCAAGCACCUGUGCCUGUCUCCCGGCCGGGCAGGAGUACCGAAGCACCUCCUUCCUAUGCUUCGUGCACUGCUAGUCGAAACUAUGCUAGCGUGCUGCCAUGGUCUGUGCCCACACCAUCGUCUUCCACGUCGUCUGAGGCGAACGCUGUAUAUGCUCUGGAACGCUUGCAUGCUGCCGCAUUAGCACUGUACAAUCAUGUCGGCGAACAGCUGAGCGUCCAGCAUUCUAUGAUGCGACAGGAAGAUGUGCAUACGCUUCUUCCGCUCGUCUCUGAUAUCAACCAGGAAGUACGCACACUCAUGUCUGCCUAUGACUAUCGCGCAGGUCGCGAUGUGGUGGAUAUGGCUCCUUACUAUCCCUGGAUGCCCAAUAGCAGCACGUCUCCGUAUUACUCACCAGUGGUAAGCGAUGAGCGUGACUCUAAGCUGAUGCGAAUGGACGACGAUCCGCUUGGAACUGUGCGACGACGUAACAUCGGUCAGCGGAACAAAGCCGGAUCCAAGUAUGCCGCGCGACCUGACGCGCGCGUAACGAGUAGUACUGACGAUCUUAUCUUUGCCGCUCGGUUGCAUGGAGCGCACUCGUCGUAUGCUGCUUCUGCCAACGCGUACGGAAAAGCGGCGACACACGAGCCCAGCCAACCACCCGCCCAUAUGCCCAAAUAUCGGAAACGAAGCCGCGCGCCGGCGCCUGGCGUAUGCCAUUCGUGCGGUCAUAGCGACACACCCGAAUGGCGUCGUGGUCCUGAGGGUGCACGAACGCUGUGCAAUGCUUGUGGCUUGCACUUUGCCAAGCUCGUACGUCGUCGAACGCUCGAGUAUGCCAAUGCGGCUCCAGGCACGCCUAUUCCGCCUGUCACCAUUGCCGAGCUGCGGCAGUCGACGAACGUGGACGUUCGCUCCUCUAGCGUUGCUCCUAUGAAUGAUGAACGCGUGCGUAUUGGCUCGAUCAAGGGCUCAGCAGUGUGCUCUUACGAUGAGACGGCACCUUCCGACCCGUCACGCACGCCGCACACAUCGCAUGAACGAGCGCUAGCCGACGCCCCGCAUGACCCACCAUCCACAAUGCACACUGUGUCCUCGGAGACGGCCGAGCAAUAG